UGAGGCCAUAGUACUAAGUGAAAAGAUGUCUGGCUUGUUCCUACUGACACUCAUGUCCCUACUCCCUCGAGUAACUGGUUUUACAAUCAUAAAGAGCUCAUCGUGGAGUCAUCAGGAGAUCACAAAGAGAGCCAUCCUAAAUGUCACUACACUUGCCUGUCGUGCUGUGGCUGAAGCUGAAGGCUUGGACUUCACUUUUCCUGCAUCGUUCACCAUAGAAAGUGUGGCUGAAGCAUGUGCGGCGCGUGAAGCAGCAAAGAGCUUUGGCAAAAACAUACGUACCAUAAAAGACAAAAAUGCAGCUGUGGAUGUCAAGGUACUAUCCUCAAGGCGACAUUUUGAUGGGGAAACAUUUAAGGAAGGAAAGAAGCUAAUCACUGAUGGAUUAAAAGCUGUGAAGUCCAGCAUCAAGAAAGAUAAUAUGAAGUUUGCAAGAUCAAAAAUUGGAGAAAUAUUACAUACUUUACAGGAUUUCUACAGUCACAGCAACUGGAUAGAAAUGGGAAAUGACAAGCCAAACUCUAAUGUGAUCAGCAAACAGGGCAGUAUUGGUAAAAUAGCAGAUAAAAAAAGGCCAACUUGUCGCGACUGUGACGGAGAUGAUUGCACAAACAAUAUUUUAGAAGAUAUCCUUGAAGAGAAAGUCCUGACCUCAGGGUAUUUCUAUCUUAAUCCCUACAAUAGCAAACCAUCAGGAAAAUGCAGUCAUGGGGAUUUUCCAGAUGCAUCAGCAUUGUUGACACCUAAAGGUGGAAUAAACAAGGACUCUUUGACCUCGAGUCAUGGACACCUGCACAAUCAGGCCGCUACUGUCGCUGUAGAUGCCACACUUGAGCUGCUGAACGAUGUGCGCAGUGCAGCAGGGGAUAAAGAGUUUUUACGAAUGUUGGGACUUAUUCCUGGAAAAGCUUUGUGUUUUGUGAUUGACACAACAGGAAGUAUGCGUGAUGAUAUUGCAACAGUGAAAAAAGUCACUUCAGAAAUAAUAAAGAAAAGAGUUGGAACAAAGGAUGAGCCUUCAUUUUAUAUACUCGUGCCUUUUAAUGACCCAGAUUUUGGUCCACUUAUGAGGACUACAGAUGCUAAUGAAUUCAAGAAGGCCAUUAAUGCACUAACUCCAAAUGGUGGAGGAGAUUUACCUGAAAUGUCUCUCUCUGGAUUGCAGCUGGCUCUAACAGGUGCCCCCUUUGACUCUGAGAUUUACGUCUUCACUGAUGCUGCAGCAAAAGACUCUCACCUGAAAAGUACAGUGGCUGCACUGAUAGAAAAGACAGGGUCUGUGGUAAAUUUUAUGAUAACUAGUUCCACAAGUUUACGUCGACGUAGAUCAAACAGUGGAAAUCAGCAGCAGAUCGCUCCUCGAAUGGCAGUUACAGAAUUCCAAGUGUACAAGGACCUGGCUGCUGCUUCAGGAGGUCAGGCUGUGGAAGUCACAAAAAAUCAGCUUCUGGAGGCCAUCAAUGUUAUUUUGGAGACUUCAGCCUCAAGUGUGGUGACCCUUCUGCAGGUUGCCAGGUACCCAGGAAAGUCAGAAAAUGUCACUUUCACAGUGGAUGACACAGUAACAGACCUCACCAUCUACAUAACUGGGACCAACAAAGACUUCAUUCUCAUCAGCCCCACAGGUGUGGCUCAGGAGAGCACUACCACAAAUGGAUCUCUCUUCACUUCAGUGGUUGUUGGAAACCUCCAAGCUUUAAUGUUGAACACAGAAGUUGGAUUGUGGGAAAUUAGGAUGGUUUCGACAAACCCCUACUCUCUGAAGAUCACAGCCAAGACUCCCAUAGACUUUUUCUUCAGCUUUAUGCAGCCAAUAGAAGGCCCUUUUGAGGGAUACAUUGCAAUUGAAAAUCGUCCAAAAGCAGGAGCGAAUGGCACCAUGAUGGUAACACUAAUUGGGAGUAACACAGCCAAUGUGACAGAAGUAUAUCUUCUUUACUCAUCUGGGUCUGGAAAAGUUAAAGGCACAGUCUCCAGUCAGGGAAAUGGAGAAUACUUAGUCCAGUUUGACACAAUCCCCUCCGAGGAGUUCACUGUGGUUGUAAAGGGGCAAAACGGCAAAAUUUCAAGCAAAUCAAUUCAACCAGCGACUUUCCAGCGACAGUCGUCUACCAGCAUCAAACCCUCGUCUGUCUCGGUCACCAUUGAUGACGAAAAUGACAUCAUUGAACCAGGUGCAACUUUGUCUAUGAAUUUUACUGUCUCCUCCAAUGGUUCAGGAGAAACUUUUAACAUCAGAGCAACUAAUGACCAAAGCUUCAGUCUAUCUUUUCCCGAGACUUUGGAGGUGGUGAGCGGCAGCAGCACUGUUGGCACACUGCAGCUAUCAGUCCCCACUGACGCUGAGUCUGGUACUGAAGUCACACUGACAGUAGAGGCUGAGGCACCAGAUGGAGACGUGAACUAUGGGGUGUUAAUGGUCACUGUCCUGAAAAGGGUAAAUACUAACUAGAAUCUAUGGCCCUAGAGUCUAUGGUCAAACAAUGCAGGAAAAAACAAACAAACUUGACAUUUAAAGGUCAUAUAAUACACAAAAUGGACUAUUGAUAGGUUUCAGCAAUGUUAGAACAAAUAGAAGAAUGUUACCUCCUCAAAAACAUACCCGGAGUUGCAUUUUCUUUCUCUCGCACAUGUCAUAGUAACUCUUUAUUAUUAGUCUGUUUACAUCUCCAAAGUUCAAAAUGCUCACCUUGUGAUGUCAUGUAAUGGUAGUUUUCAAAUUAACAGCUAUCUUUUAACUUUAGUUCAGCAGAGACUGGCAAUUCCAGAGCCGAAAUCAUCCAAAUGAUUUUUAUUGAAGAUGUACAGAAUUUAAAAACACAGUGGAGCACUUCCUGUAUUACCAUAUGACAUUACAAGGUGGACUAGAGUGUUUUCCAAGAACACAACCUGAAUAUACAGGAUUUGUGCAUUAAACACUUCAGAAUGAAACAAAAAACAAGUCCAGAAAUAUAACAUAGAUCAGAAAACAUAAUAAUAUGAGCCCUUUAAGGUAAUUGAUAUCAGAUGACAUUGCAACAUUUUAUGGGCCAAUGAUUUUUCAUUAAAAUGGGGGAACAGGAUGUCACUGUUGGGUUUGGGAGUACAUCACAAUAUUCUAUAGGCUCAUAAUAUUUCAUAUAGAUGAGGGCAACUAAAAUUAAUAUAUUUAAAAUGUAGUCUUUUGUUGAACUAUAGCAAGUUCUUGGUUGUAGUCACUAAUGGGAAUGAUCUAGUUCAACAUUUGUGAAUAUUACUUACAUAUUCAGAAAAUAUAUUGUCAUAAUAUUGGCUGAUGUAAUAAUCAAUGUUGCAAAAAAAAAAAAUCGCAACAACACAAAGUGCUUAAUUUUAUAGAAACGGACUGAAUAAAAUGGACUUUAUUGGACUGUAUUGUAAGAUUUUCCUUAUUAGGUCCAACAUUAUACUUGGAUUGGGUUUGGUUUUGUCUUUGUUCAGUUUUUAGUUUGAUCCAGUUUAACUACUAUUACAAAAAAAAACAAAAAAAACAUACACAUUAUUUGUUUUAAAUUAACUGAACUUAAAAUUGCCCCAAAGAGUAUAUAAAAAUAUGACAAUAUUGUUGUUAUCACAAUACAAAACAUAGUCAUUGAAUAUUAUGCAUUAUUCUGUCAUAUCGUGGAGCCCUAUCACAAAUUGUUUGCAUGUUGACAGUGGCUGAGUUGGAUAAAAAUGUCAUGAUAGUGGACCUGCUAUUGUUGGAAUCUGGUUGUCAUUAUACAAUCAGAUUCCACAACCAUCAGACAUGACCUCAUUUUACAAUCUGAAAACUACCAAUAUUCAGGCAUUUUUCUACUUCUCCAAAUGACGGAUGUGACUCGUCCUGUUUGUGAGCUGCUCAGUUUACGGGACAAUUGCACAGAAACCUGCGGUAACUCCACCUGGCAGCUCUCCGUUCGGUUGAGUGAUGGGGUAAAUGGCACCGGUAUCGUCAGAGUGUAUCACAGACAAGGCAACGGCACGCUCAACACAACUGUAGAUGCCAACGACACCGUGGCGUCCUAUGAAGCUUCCUGCUGUUCUCCUACAGUAGAGAUAAUUGCUGUAGAUGCUGUAGGUAACGUAGGUUCCUGUUCUUUCACAACUCGAGUGACAAGCAGUGCCAUGACAACAGCAAAACCAACAGAUGCACCAACUACCACACCAAACAGUAGUACUACGGUUGCUGCUACUACUACUACUACUGCUGCUGC